UGACUGACACGUGCUCCAUCAGGCCCUGGCUCCACAGUAACCCUUGGGGUACGCUUCUGAGUAAGAGCAUAUGUAUCCUUUGAUACUGAUCACAACAAGCAGCCAGUCUUCUCCGAGUCCUCAACAGCCAAAGAACUCUAUUAGACAUAACCUGUCCCUGCACAGCAAGUUCAUUAAAGUCCAUAAUGAAGCCACAGGGAAGAGCUCUUGGUGGAUGCUCAAUCCUGAGGGUGGUAAAAGUGGAAAAGCACCAAGAAGAAGAGCUGCCUCCAUGGACAACAGCAGCAAACUCGCAAAAGUCAGAGGUAAAGCAUCCAAAAAGAAGCCUCCUCUCCAGUCUGCUCCAGAAUCCACUGCUGACAGUCCUGGCUCCCAGUUCCCUAAGUGGCCUGGGAGCCCAUCCUCAAGAAGCAAUGAGGACUCUGAUGUGUGGAACACCUUCCGGCCUCGAACGAGUUCCAAUGCAAGCACCAUUAGUGCCAGGCUUUCUCCUAUCCUGACAGAGCAGGAUGACCUCCACGAUGAAGAGCUUCUUCCUUCUCUAGUGUACUCCAGUGCAUCCAGCAAUGUUCCACCAACUGUGACUGAGGAGCUUGAGCUCAUCGAUGGGUUAAAUUUGAUGUCUCCCAGCUCAUCUGUGUUAUCUACCCAGCAAUCUGCCUCAAGUGGUCAGAUCCAGAGAGAUUCCAGCUUUUCCUUGCGGAGCCCAAAUGCAGCUGGUCAGACCACUACUUUUGGCAAUUCCCUGUUUAACCCUGUUGAUAUCUCACUGCAAAGUUCUGUCAGCCAUUUCUCUGCCCCUCAGACCUUGGAAGCUCUUUUGACACCCAGCUCUCCACCUCCAAGGGAUGUUUUGAUGACUCAGGUGGAUCCAGUUCUCCCGCAGACUGGUAACAGGAUGAGCAGCCGAACUCUUCUGCUUCUAGGUGGACAAGCUUCCCAGAGUAAGAUGAGCUCGGGCAAUCCACGAGGAAAGCCUACAGAGCAGCAGGGAGAACCAGUUGGUGCCAGUGUUUUGCCAUCAACGCUUCCCAUAGUAACAUCUCAAAACACUGCCAGCAUCACCAGUUUGAAGGCUCCAGUGUCUGCAACAUCUGCUCAGUCAGUCCAGCUGGGCAGUCCACUGCUUUCUUCUGCUAGCCCUGCUCCGUUAGGAUUGAACCAGGACAGGCUACCCAUUGACCUGGACAUUGACAUGUACAUGGAGAACCUUGAAUGUGAUAUGGAUUACAUAAUCAACAGUGAACUCAUGGAUGGAGAAGGACUGGACUUUAAUUUUGAACCCAUUCUGUCUACUCCCAGCUAUCCCAGCACCUCGCAGGCCUCCAACCAUACCUGGGUACCAAGUUAACUUCAGGAGCACAAAAAGUGUCCUUCAGGUUUUGAACAUCGGGUUCUGACUUCACUUCCCACCCCUGGCAGAGAAAAGAAUGGAGCACGUUGGAUUCUGUUUCCCUGCACACCAUGCCUUGGGCAGAAGGGGCUGCCCACUUGGGAAGAAGGGGCAACCUGCACCUGGCUGCAACAGGAAGAGUCUAAAAAUAAUAAUCCUGUUAUGUGCCACGGCUCUUCCUACAAACCUGACCCUGACUUGGACCAUCUGGAGAAACCCUGGGCUUUAUAUGUCCAAAGAGGAGCCCUGGUAAAAACCUUGGCCAGAAGACUCUGUGCCAGGCAACAGUGUUUCCCCAUGUGAAGAGUUGGGUUUGCUGGAGGAAUCUCUCAAUGGCUAUCCUCUCUCUGCUAUGGCAGGAAGUCUCCCAGUGCCUCGGACUGGCAGAGGGCUGGCUCUGCUCUCACUUGGCUUGCCCUCUGGGGCAAAGUAGUUGGAUGUUUUCAUUAAGCCACCAGAUGUGCACUUGGUAUCCCACAGACUCACAGGGGAAUUGGAAGGAGCUUGUUGGUGGAAGCCCUGUGGGAAAGGGCGUGCUAUUUCAGGGGUUGGUUUCAGUAUGCCCAUCUCUGGAGCAUCCGUCGUCGUUCUGCAGCGAAGGGUGGUGGUCGUGGUGUUAAAAGGCUUCCUCUUGCCCACCUAAGUGAAACAAGAGGACCUUGAGUUUUUCAGUGCCAACUGAGCCCCACUGAAUCAGAAGCAUGUUUUGAGAAGUCCCUAUGCUGUUUUUAGCACUUUUCUAGUACACCAGGCUGCUGUAAAAUAAGCACAGGUGCUAAUAGCUGUUUCUGGGACAUAAAAACAUCAUUUUGGGUUUGUUUCUGAUCUGUCUUGCUACAGCAGAGAAAUGGAAAGCCUCAGUGUGGCCUUAACAGAGCCCUGGUUGCUUUUCAGAAGGGUAUUUUCUAUAGAUGAAAUAUUUUUUUACUAAUCUGGGAACUUUCUACAGUGAAUAUGAAGCCAAUGUUAAGUGUGUCCCCAUUAGGCGUAUUAGGCAUCUCUCCCUCUGAGAAGGUACCAGUGACAGACUUCUUUUUCAGAGCUGUAUUAGGAACAAACGCAUUUGAUGUUUGAUAACAUAUAUGAUUGAGGGGAAAGAAUUGGCAGGUCCCCAUGGUUUCAAACCACCCUGGGGAAGAGUUGUACAUUAUUGUAAUCUAUAUGUAAAAGUAGCUGCAAAUUACUUAGAAGCUUUUCUAAACCUUUUUAAAUAUAUAUUAUAUAUUUUAAUUGAAAAUGAGAUUAUUGGAUUAAAAAAAACAACAAAAAAACCCUACAUUUGCUGCAUCUGUCCCCUUGAUACCA